AUGGACAAUGAACAGUACACUAUCAAGGUCCUAGGAAAGAUCGAUGAGUUGAAAAGCAAUCUAACGCAAGUGGAAAGCGCUUAUCGAAGUGCAAUUCGACAGGUGGAAGAAUUGAAAAAGGACAACGCUAAUUUACAAGAGCAGAUAACCGUUGGCAAGGCCCGAGAAAGAGAAACUACAGAAGAGAACAAGAAACUUCGUGGAGGUUUGACCGAUGCCUUAGUGAAGAUAGAUCAGUACAAGAAAGAAGCAGAGAUGGCGAAGGAAACCUGUCACGAAAUGGCAGAGCAAGUGGCAAACAACGAAGAGCGCAUGAACAAGUUAGAGGAUGAAGUAAUCAAUUUGGAAGAAGUACUUCGAGAAAAGGAAAAGCUGGAAGCGUACCUACAGUCUCAAAUCAAAGCUAAGGAUUUGCCAAAACUCAGUAGAAGAAGCACUCUACUACGCACGCCUACCGAAAGUUCACUGGAGAUUAUCGAUGCUGAUGUAGUCGAAGAGCUUGAAAAUGAAAAGUCGAGUUUACUCAAAGAACUUGAGGAGAAGAAAAAAGGUGACUUCACUCCAAGGUUUACAGAAGCCUUCAAAUCAUUUUUUGUUUUAUUGUUAGAAUUGGAUUUACGAAAAAAGUUGCCACCGCCUGUGCCAAAAGGUUAUCGUACUCAACCAUCAGCUCCACACAGCAACAUCCUAACAGAACAUCCCAUGGCUGAGCUACAGUCAAAAUCUGUUAGCGAGAUUCGAUGCACCCCUUAUCAGCACAGUAAAGCUGCUACAAUAGGCACACCACAGAAGGGUAUGAUGAGGCAUGAUAUUCCUCAUAGGUGGACAGAAUUGAGGCAUUUUGGGCUGUUCAGCAUCAAAUGUGCAGUGUGCUUCAUUGGCGUGCCAACGUUUGGCAAAAAGAAGCGAUGCACACAUUGCGGUAUUAUUGUGCAUUCACAAUGCGCAUCUCGUGUGGUGAACACUUGCGGUCUUCCUGAUCAGUGCGCCAACUUUUAUCUAGAUUCAUAUAGUGCACCAAAUGGAAAAAUGAAUGGAUGGGUGAGGAUGUUCAGGGAUGAUUCAAAUACACGGGAAUGGCAAUCUGUUUGGGGUGAAAUGGACGAAAAGCGACUUGUUUUCUAUGAUCACGAUGCAGCACAAUCAGAUCUCCGAAAACAAUGCCUCUCAAUUGAUCUCGAGAAAGAGCUUCGAUUAGUUCGCGUUGGAAGCGAAGUGCCUGGCGUGAAAACGGACAGCGCUCAAAUUUCCCAUAAUAUUGUGCAUGUAAGAACCGAAACCCGAAAUGUCUACAUCUUGGCUCCGUCUAUACAAACGGCAAAACGGUGGGCAGAAGCCCUUCAGAAUGCGUCCACCAGAAAAAUGAUGCUCACUCGAAGACCAAGCUCUUUUUCGGAGCAGUCAUGUGUCCUGGUUUUGUCAACACCAAAUAAUCUCACUAUUCACACUAUUUGUGUGUUUGAUGAAUACUUUCUCAUAGGAGCUCAGAGUGGCCUGUUCUUUACAUAUAUGAGCGGUCCAAGAGUCCCUUUGAGAAUUAGCGGAUUCAAUUCGGUAACAGCUAUAGAGUGUCUACCAAAUCUCAAUAUUCUCGCUUUUAUUAUGGAUCACAGGCGUAUACUUGCACUAGUUCCACUGUCCACUUUGAAAUCUGAAUUACAUUCUGUUCAACCUGGUCUACGCGCAGACAUCCUAGGUGGAUACGAUAACUUACACGCGCUUGCUUACCAUCAACAGAACGGGAAUCAGUAUCUGUGUGCUGCUGGCUCUACGAAGAUUCACGUGCUUAAAUAUAAUGCGGCGCGAGAUGUGAUUGAAACAAACGAACCAGCAAUGUGUCUCACUUCAAGUAAUCACGGCCUCUAUUUCGGAUCCGAUAGCUUCUACUUUGUUCAAUUUGGCAGAGGACAGUUGGAACCUUUGCGAGUAGCUGAUUCAAACAUAGCGGAUUAUCCUAUUGCCCUACUCACCAUAGGAGAGGAUGAAGUUCUUCUGGCGUAUCAAAACUAUGGUGCAUUCGUGAAUUCUCGAGGAGAGCGAACUCGCAGUCAAACGGUAGAGUGGGAGCAGAUGCCCAUGGAAUUUGUAUUCACUGCACCGUAUUUAUAUGUGGUCCACUACGAUUCUAUUGAAAUUAUGCAGGUUGCUGAAUACACAGGGCUGGAUUCUAGAACUAUUCUCGAUGAACGAGAAGUGUAUGAGUGCCGAAAUGCACACGUUGUGUGCUGCCGUCCAAAUGGGGAUGUGUAUAUCUCGAUUUCGAACACAGACAGUGUAGAAGUCCAUCGAUUUAAUGCUACGAUCAGCAAGAGAGGAGCGAUGAAACGGAAAGGACUUUCGCUCAGUACUUAUGACAAACGUUCCAAAGUUGUUCUCUGA